AUGGCCCGGGAUCGGCCGACCGCGCGGCACUUCCACAACCAACCAGAGCUACAGAGGGGCGGAAGCUACGGCCUCGUGCUGAGGUGGAUAUUCUUCGUGUGGGUGGCGAACUGCGGUCCGUUGGGGAACACAGUAAAACAAGAUGGCUGCGCAUUUCCAACCAGAUGGCAAGGAAAGUGGUUCCAGUCAGGCGUCAUCCAGCCCAUCAUGAUCGACGGUCCCAUCCUCUCGAAUAAGGGCAGGUGCCUUUCUUCAGAGGGCGAUAAAUUUCUAAUAGUUGAUGAAAAAGGGUGCUAUCGUUGCGUUGUGAUGCAUGAGAAACAUAUAAAUGUUUUGCAGUAUAAAGAAACUUUCUGCCACCGUCGCGACGCUCUUCCUCACUUGUGUUCACUUAUCAACGGAGACGCCUUACUAUACUCGAUGUUCAGAGAAAAUGCGGAACCUGUUGAUUGUCCACUCAAGGGACCUUUCUCUUUUACCUACAAUAGGGGACAUGGCGAUUGUAAGAUACCAGCUUCGUCGAUCGAGAGCUGCACUGAAGAUUCGAGACUGCUGCUUAACUAUCAAGCUUGUCCUGAUGUUUACGGAUCCGAGAGUACAGUUGAGGAAAUGGAAUGCCUGGCAACAUGGAAGGAAGGCAGCCUUAGGUUCCUGGUGGGGAAGUUACACCACAACCACGCAACCAGCAACGAAGACAGAUACAGAUGCUUCGUUUAUGAGAAGACAAAUGGUAUUGCGUCAGCUACCAUAAAAGAGGGGCCUAGUCCAGCUGGUGGGGUUGAGUAUAGAGUGGCGCAAUCUGGCGACGCAACUUGUAAUGGAUUGUUUAGCGCGACUGAAGGAUCUAGAACCAUGGCUUUGAAAAGAGUAUCCGUAAGAUUUAACUGCCAGUUUCCAUCUUGGAUGACCUUCUCCCAAACCUGGCACACCCUGGACUUCAGCAGCAACUACACUUUCUACCAGCGAAAUGCGACCCUCCGGAUCACCAAUCAGACUGGUGCUGAGAUCAAAGUGUACUGCGUCAAUGUAAAGGCCAGUUCACCCAGUGGAAAUUCUGUAGCGCUGGUGGCUCACUGGCAGCAUCAUUGCGCUUCCCGCUAUGUAUGCGUCGUGUUAUAUAGAAGAGACACCUUUAUAGCUGAGCUGCAGCGAGGGUCUCCAACCUCAAGACCUGAUGAAGCGUGCUCCCCACAUCACUUCAAUGCCGUAACUGCUCCUUACGUCACUUUAGUUGCUAGUAAUCCAGAAUCAAAAGAUUGUCCAUAUUCUGGAAAAUACGUUAUUUCGAAUCAUAGACACAAGCGAAGUUUUCGUCCGGACAAGCGAGAGAGAAAUAGAACGAAACGUGACAAGGCGAUGUUCCACAGCCAUAGAAUGAACCACACCAGACUCUUCAAUUUCAAUGUCAGGAAUAUGUCUGACACGCCAAUAUUACGGAGUAGGAGACAUUCUGAAGGCGAUAUGAGUUGUUUAGGCGCAGUUUAUAAUAGACUAGAGGUUGGGUGCAACUCGGUUAAGACGAUGGAGUUUUAUUCUACGUGUGAUAGUAAAGAAGCAAUUACAGCGUACACGUGUCACGGCGGGUGGUACGAGAACGGGGCGUCGUUCGUGGUCACGACGCCGGUCACGCGCGACAGCACGGCGGCGAGGCGCUACUGCUUCGUGUCGCGCGACGGACGCGACGGGGCGCUGGCGGUCGCGCGCUCCGCCGCCAACUGCGAACGGACGAUCUCGGAACCAGAAGCACUACUGUUUGACGCUGGCUUCACUGCGAUAAGGCCGCCCUUUGUACCUUAUAAUACUCUGUUUAAAUCAGUCUGA